AUGGCUUGCAAAAUCGCUCUCUUCACCGCCGCCCUCUUCCUCGUCCUCGCGCUGUCUCACGCAGCGCCAGCUGAAGAAAAACCAGUAGAAACCUUAAAUGUCGAAGCUGAGAAGGAUGACCUAGAAACUGCAGACAAAGAUGACCUCAAAACUGCAGCCUCACAUUGGGGCGGGCAUUGGGGUGGCUACGGCGGCCAUUAUGGACAUUUCGGCUACCCAUCCUACUACGGCUACGGUUGGGGCUACCCUAGCUAUGGUUAUGGCUACUGGCCCUAUGGCGGCAUCUAUGGCCACGGAUACGGCGGCUAUGGACAUUACGGAUGGUGGUAG